AGGCCUCCUCUUCCGUAUUUGCUGGCCUCUUCCUUUCCUCGGCCGAUUCGUCGACCCUUUCAAUCGAGGCAAUAUAAAUAAGAAUUGGGGGAAAAGAACGAGAGUCCUUCUCUAAUUCUCUUUAAUUUCCACCGUCGUCUCCUUCCUCGAUUUGUUGGGGUCCGGGUUUGGGUCGAUUUUAUCCUUCUUCGUCUUCGUUUUUGGAGGAGGAUUUGAGGAAGGGGCGAGAGAGGAUGAGCUUCGAGGAUGUGGAAGCGGGGCGGCCGCUGGCGGGGCGGAGGGAUCUGGUGAACGGGAGGCAGGACCCGACGCAGGCGGUGGCCGCAGGCGUCUUCCAGAUCAACACCGCCGUCGCCACCUUCCAGCGCCUCGUCAACACCCUCGGCACCCCCAAGGACACCGCCGAGCUCCGAGAGAAGCUGCAUAAGACAAGGUUACAUAUUGGACAACUUGUGAAAGAUACAUCAGCCAAACUUAAACAAGCUAGCGAGACAGAUCAUCUAGCUGAAGUUAGCGCAAGCAAAAAAAUAGCCGAUGCAAAGCUUGCAAAAGAUUUCCAAGCAGUUCUGAAAGAGUUUCAGAAAGCUCAAAGGCUUGCAGCUGAGAGAGAAACUGCUUAUGCCCCAUUUGUUCCCCAAGCAGUUCCUUCAAGCUAUACAGCAAGUGAGAUAGAUGUCAAUGUUGAUAAAACACCCGAACAGCGGGCUCUGCUUGUGGAAUCCAGGAGGCAAGAGGUAUUGCAAUUGGACAAUGAAAUUGUCUUCAAUGAAGCCAUCAUUGAGGAGAGAGAACAAGGCAUACAGGAGAUUCAGCAGCAGAUCGGUGAGGUGAAUGAAAUUUUCAAAGACCUUGCUGUGUUGGUUCAUGACCAAGGAGUGAUGAUUGAUGAUAUCGACUCAAACAUCGAGAACUCCCGGGCAGCGACUGCACAGGCAAAGACUCAACUUGCAAAAGCAUCCAAAACACAAAAGUCCAAUUCAUCUCUGACAUGCUUGCUCGUAGUAAUCUUUGGGGUGGUGCUGCUCAUUGUGUUCAUAGUCCUUGCAGCAUGAUCAUCCAAAGUGGAAGUCACAUCUGAUCAACGGUUCCAACAAAAAUUAUCUGAGAUAUUAUGUAUGCUCUCCGGUAGUGUGGUAAUCUUGGCCUAGUAGCGAUUGUGGUAUAUCGAUAUCUCGUUGAUGUUAACUAGUAUAUAUAUAAUUCCGAGUGGUUUUUGGUGAUGAAAAAUUGUUUCAGUUGGUUUGUCUUGUGGUGAUUCCUUAUCAUGUUGUCUAUGCAAGUGUAGGGCCUGCAAUUGUCUGGACGACGAGCUAACAGCCGACUGUUUAAUGUUUGAUAUAUGCCAAUAAAAUCAAUAUUCUUUGAUUA